AUGUCGCUGCCAAAUAUAGGGCGUGUUUCAACACCUCAGCCACAUUUCAUGCCCGGCUACACAGGCUACUGUCCACAGUAUAUGUAUCGCAUCGGUAAUACGUACUCAUCGCUCACCCAUCGACUGCUGAUUGAUCCGACGGUAGCCCACUCGGAAAAGCUGAUCCUUUCCGAUCGUACAAACGAUGAGUAUUCCCUUGAACGACAACCCGUAGCUACCCAGCUAGAUGAUGACGAUCGUCGACGAGAGGACGAUGAUCAGCGGGAUACGAUCUAUCACCACACACCGAUGCCCGGUUACGAGGGAUACAUACCGCGAACAAAGGAUAAAUUCGGCAAACGGUAUGCGGUCACCACGACGGAAGGAUUGUCCGAGUUUGAGCGUGACUGUCAGCGUACCAGGGCACAGUUGAAACGGUUGCGCCAUCGCGUUGCACAACCAAUUUCAACCAUUUCCAAAGGAAGUCUUGGCGAACGAAUGCUACGAUUGAAUGAUUAUGAGAUACCUCUCAGAUUGGUACGUCCCGAUGCGCUCAGCGUGGUUAAGGAGGUUCCAAUGGAAAAUUUACCACCGUUGCCGGGUUUGCCGUACUUUUCCCGUGAUACACCACCGAUGGCCCUACCGAACGAUCAUCCGGAAAAGUGGAUUAAAUUAGGAUACACUGGCCACAAACCCUUCCUCUGGCCAAGGUUCGGUGAAUCGAACGUACCGCUAACGUCGAAAGCGCUCUGUGAUUUUACCAACAGCUACAACCAUCGGCGAAGCACCGACUGGGAACCAAUAACGCUGGCUGGUGCCGGAACGUCCCAACCGUCCGCAAGGGUGAACGAAAUCUAUCACAAAACGAUUGGCCUUCUGCCAAACUAUCAGGGGCACGUGCCUGGUGCUAUGUUUAGGUUUGGAAAAACCUUCGGCAACGAUAGCAAGGACGCAAAAAAGUAUCUAAAGCGGUGUUGAA